AUGGAUCAUCAACUUUGCUUUAGAACAGUUUUCAUGGCGCAAUGUCUUCUGGGAAUCAUCAUUCUAUCUUUAUCUGGGUUUACGAAAGUUGAAUCACUUGGGAUAAACUACGGUCAAGUUGGCAACAAUCUGCCACCGCCGGAGAAAGUUCUUCAGCUUUUGAAAUCAUUACGAAUCACGAAAACCAGAAUCUACGAUACGAAUCCGGAAAUCUUGAACGCAUUUGCAGGUUCCGGGGUUGAAUUGAUCGUAACGGUCGAAAACGCGAUGCUUGGGACGUUAAUGGAUCCACAACAAGCGUUGCAAUGGGUGAGUACGCAUAUAAAACCGUAUUUUCCGGCGACUAGGAUAACUGGAAUCGCCGUCGGAAAUGAGGUGUUCACCGGAGACGAUAUGACAUUGGUGUCUAAUCUGGUUCCAGCCAUGGUUAGCCUUCAACGAGCUUUGACUCAAUUAGGGAUGCAACAGUAUAUUCAAGUGUCGACACCGUCGUCGCUGGCGGUUCUUUCGAAUUCGUACCCACCGUCUGCCGGAACUUUUACGCCGGAGCUCACUACGAUAAUGACGCAACUUUUACAGUUUCUUUCGACCACGAAAGCUCCGUUUUGGAUCAAUGCGUACCCGUAUUUCGCUUAUAAAGAUAGCCCGAGUAAGAUAUCGUUGGAUUACGCCCUUUUCAACCCGAAUACCGGCAUGAUCGAUCCUCACACGAAUAUGCAUUACGACAACAUGUUAUACGCUCAAGUUGACGCGGCUAUAUUCGCCAUGGCACGGCUAGGGUUCGGUGGGAUCGAGGUUAGGGUUUCGGAAACGGGUUGGCCGUCAAAGGGUGACACGGAUGAGGUUGGUGCAACCCCUCAAAAUGCAGCUAUUUACAACCGGAAUCUGUUGCGAAGGCAAUUGAGCGGCGAAGGGACGCCAUUGAGGCCGAAAAUGAGGCUCGAGAUUUACUUGUUUGCUUUGUUUAACGAAGACAUGAAGCCUGGUCCCACAUCGGAAAGGAACUACGGGUUGUAUCAGCCCGAUGGAACCAUGGCUUACAAUGUCGGGUUGUCGGCUUUAUCAACAAACACGAACCCGUCAACGUCGACAUCGACUUCGGCAUCGACGUCGACAUCUUCGUCUUCGAUCUCUCUCACUUCCAUGGCUACCAAGAUGGAACGAAUGGGUUUAGCGUGUUGGAUCAGUGUUUGCUUGGCAGUUAUAGGGACGUUGCCAUUUUAA